UUUCGAAGUGAGCGCACGCGUGUGUUGCGCGUUCCUUACCGAACGCAUUUUUUUCGCACCGAUUGGAAAAACUUCCGAUUCGGUUCGGUUUUCAAAAGUACAGUGUUAAGCAAAAAAGCGUAAAACAGCGAUAUAGCGGUUCGACCAAAGUUCCCCAUCCACCGAUAAAGAUAAGCAGCGAGUGAUCGACGGCGACUAGCAAUUUCCGGAGUUACACCGUCGACAGCAGUCCGUCUGGGCUUGUGUUUGUGCAAGUAGUUAGUGUGACAAAUCCACAGGUGUGAGUGCUUUGUCUGUGUGUGUGUCUGUGCGCGAGUGCGUACGAGUAGUGUGGAAAGUUACGCCGUAUCGAAAAAUUCAUCGUCUUUCCCACGUCUACUGCUGCAGCUGGAGGAGUAGAGCUCCCCAGAAAGGUUCAAUCCACACGAUGAGAUGCCAGUACCUACUGGUGGUCACGGUAGCGCUAUGCGCGCUGACCGUGCACUCCAGCCCGGCCCUCAAGUCGGAUCUGCCGAAGGCGCAGGAUCCACUGUUCAAUAAAAUGCUCGCCGAAAGCACCCGCAUCGUACCGGAUGCACACGAUCCACACUACAACAAGAUGCUGCCGGAGAUGGAGGAAAAUCUGAUCGACAGCGAUAGCGACGAUGACGAGGAGGACGAUGCAAUUCUACCGAAAAAGGCCGCCGAUUUGAAUCCGAUGUACGCGCAAAGAGGCAAACAGGCAAAGCCGGAAGCGUCUACCAUUGGUUCGGUGGCUAUCAACAAGGUAAAAAUCAACGAAGAUAUCGAUAGUUACGAGGAGGUAUUGCUGAAGGGUAACGGCAAAAACGUGGACAUUGAUGAUUCGUAUCAAGUGGAGGAUUUAAGCAGUGAUUCUAUGGCCUUCGAUGAUGAUAAUCCUUCCAAAUCUACCACCGCUAAGCCCACUGCUAAGACCACCGUUAAAACGGAAGACGAAGACAGUUCCGAUGAAUACGAUGAUGAUGAAUCGGACGAAAUAGAUUUCUCCGGUGUAGCCAAACUUAUGGCUCCAACACUUAAACCGGUACCAGCGGAGGAGUCGACCAAAUCGUCACCAUCGAGCACGACUGUGAAACCGAAGAGUGCCAUAAAUGGUAAGCAGACGGUCGACCAGCAAAAUGCACGUGACCAGUACGAUGAAGACGAUGACGAUGACGAGUAUGACUACAUCGAGUACAAUUAUGACGUUGAUGAUGACGAUGAUGACAAUAAUGAAGACGAUGAUGAAGAUGAUGAUGACCAGGAAAAAUUGCCGAUAAAGAUGCAAAAGAAGAAGAAAGCCGGUAACAAUGUAAACAACGAAGCGAAGAAGCAAACCAAACCAGUUAAGAAGGCAAAGGAUCAGAACAAGACUGCCAGCAAGGCUAAUGACGAAUACUAUUACUACGACGAUGAUGAGGACGAUGAUGACUACGAUGUGGAGGCAUCCAACAGUACGUACUGUCCGCGGGGAUGUAUCUGCGAGCGCAACAUGCACGCAUACAUGGUUGCCACGUGCAGUCGCUUGGAUUUGGAGACGCAAAAGUUUACCUCCCACAUCACCGAUCUGCAGGUGUUGGACGUUGGACCCAAGUACCCGAUCGAGCUGGGACCGGAAUUCUUCAAAAAGAUUGGUCUCAGCCAUGUCGUCUCGAUCAAAAUCACCAACUGCACAAUCGUGUACAUAAGCCCCCAAGCGUUUGCCGGGCUGGACGAACUGUACUCGGUGAAUCUCACCAAUUCCGGCAUUGACAUUAUUCAUCCGGAUACGUUCGCGAACAACACGAAGCUGCGCUUGCUGACACUGUCGGGCAAUGAUUUGAGCGCUAUGCAAAGCGUGAACCACAACACCCCGUACAUGGACUACAUGCUGAAGGCACCGACCGUGGAGGAGCUGGACAUUUCGCGCUGCAAGCUGCACGAACUGCAACCGAACGCGUUCAAUGAGCUGAAGAACAUCAUCUACAUCAACCUGGCCGAGAACAACCUGAGCAACCUGCCGGAGGGCAUUUUCGACAAUGUGGAAACCAUCGAAGAGCUGGACCUUUCGAUGAACAACAUUGCCGAGCUGCCGAAGAACAUCUUCGCAAAGACGUCGCUGGCGAUCCUGCACCUGAAACACAACAAGAUCAGCAACAAUGUGGAGUUCGUGACUUCCGAUCUUCAGAAGCUUGACGUGAGCUUCUGCCAGAUUCGAACGAUCAACAACCAGAUGUUCCGGGGCAUGGAAGGACUCACCAACCUGAUUCUGAAGGGUAACCACAUCGAGAAGAUCAAGCCGAUGGCAUUCGUCUCGCUGAGCAGCUUGCGUCAGAUUGAUCUGUCGUACAACAACCUGGAGCAAAUAUCCGCCCAAACGUUCAUCGGUAACAAGAUGCUGGAUAUCAUUCGCAUGAACAACAACCCGCGGCUGAAGCGUCUACCGAACGAGGGCUUCGAUAGUUCGUACAACGGUACGUUCAACGUGUACUUCAUGGACAUCUCGAACUGCGACAUUUCCGAGCUGGCCGAUAACACGUUCAAAACGAUGCCACAGCUGACGCGACUGAACUUGGCCUGGAACAAUCUGCAAACCAUUCGGCCACCGGUGAUGGCCCACCUGAGCAAGCUGAUGGAUUUGGAUCUGAGCAACAACAUGAUCACGGAGUUGGAUGAGAAAACAUUCCAGAACAAUCGCAAUCUGAACACCUUGAACCUGUCCGGUAAUCAAAUCUCAAGCCUGACCAGCAAGAUAUUCCACCCGCUGCAGUAUCUCAGCGAGUUGGACAUCAGCGAUUGUGACCUGCGCACCAUCUGGGACGAUUCGUCCGUCAAGGCGAAGCGCGAGGAGGUACUUCCGAACCUGAAGCGUCUGAACGCGUCGUACAACGAGAUCGCAGAAGUGUUUGUGUCGGAUCUGGAAACGAUGGCCAAGCUGCGCGUACUCGACAUGCGUAACAACUCCUUGAGCUGCAACGAUCGGUUGCCAACGCUAAUCGAUUGGCUGCAAAAGAAGCAGAUCUCGAUGGCCGAUAACGCACAAGACCACGUGACACACGCUGAAAUGAAUGUUCUGCGCACGGACAACUCGGCAACACUGAAGCAGUGGGGACAGUUUGCCUGGGAAAUCUGCCAGGGUGGUAGCGGUAAUCCUGAUAAUACGCUAUCGUACAGCGAAACGGACGAUGAGUAUGAUGAUGAUGAUGAUGAUGAUGACGACUCCGAGGACGCUGACGCGGAUGUGCUGGCGGAGGCAAACGCCAAAUCGAACAAGAUCGUAGACAGCAAGAACGAGCUGGAUGAAUACUCGAGCGAGUCGGUGGAUAACGAUAGCGAGGAUAACGAUAACGCGGACAGCGAAGAGGACGAUGAUGACGACGAUGAGGAUGAUGAUGACGAGGACGAGGAAGUGCAGGAGCGCGAAAACAUCCUUGAUGCCGCGAACGGAAUUCAGCGGAUUGAGCAGGAUAUCCUCACCGGCAAGCACAGCACCAACGAUGAGGACGACGAGGACGAUGGUGAAUACGAGGAUGACAACGAGGGCACGAACGUGGAUGAGGUCGUCAUACUGGAAAACGCGUCCAUGUUCGCAAUUUCCACUGUCGCGCUGAUGGUUGGUUGUAUCGUGGUCGGCAGCUUGAUACUGGUGUUGCUGGUGGCGAGGAUCGUCGCCCUGAUCUUCAAGCGACGCGGCGAACGCUACCGCCAGGCGCUGCUUGCAUCGAAGAACUCGUUCGUCUACCAAAAGCUGACGGAAGAUAUUGCUACACCGAAGACCCCAAAGGUCCACCGGUACGAACCGAUCAACCAGGUGUAAAUGUGAGCAGUUUUGGGUGGAAACAUUAGAAGGUGGAGAUUCCAUGCGCGAACACACUCACACAUACACACACACACACACCACGCACAAAGUCAACAGGAAGCACGUGGUGUGCUCUUAGAUUUCGUAAACAUGCAGCAGUAAUACAGUCUGUUAUAGCAGCAGCAAACAAUACAAUAUGCAUACUUAAACGCAACACAAGAUCAAGGGGCUUCCCGGUCAAUGGUAACGCCCAGUUGGGCAAACGUGUCUCGUGUAACAGCUAUGAUGUACUUAUCGGACAGUAAGCAAAUAACAGAUCGGGCAGCUAACGAUGCAGAUAUUUUUUUUUUUUGCUAUUUAUUAAGUUCUUACUUUCUAACCAUCGAAGCAGCAUUGAUUUCAAAUACUUCCUUUCCCUUGAUGGUGAUCGUCAAGAUGAAGUUCCAUCUUGCUUGGCAGACUUGCCCAAGGUAGCUUUGUUUGCGAUUCCAACUGUAAUGUACGUUCGGCGAUCAAUGAGACGAUGGCUUGCAGCCGACUAAAAAGUGCAUCGUCUCGGACGGUUUCUGCUACCCCCACGUAUCGAUCCGCUUAAGGAGCCUUCAUUGUAUACUACUACGUGCGAGUACACCGCUCCCGCCGGUAGCAGUUGUGUAGUGGUAGCUUAGUUUUGUUUAGUGCUAUGUAUACUUUUUUACAUGUUUUUGGAUCAUCGUCUGAACAACAUUCCUAGUUCCGUUUGCAAAAACAAAAAAAAACACACAAGAAAACAAAAAAAAACUUUUUGUUCGCGUGUAACGUUGAUGGAGCAAAGUGAAGUUACAUACAACGUGAAAUGGAACAAACGUGAAUCGGUCAUAUUUAUAAACGUGCACCACAGAACAGGCUUCGUUUCAGUGCCAUUUUGUUUUCGCGAAACCACAUCGGGAAGUAACACACCGAACGCAGUAAAGCGCAUCAUCUUCGAUCACCGGAAGUAUUCGGCUUAAUGCCGGUGGGCAGCAUCAACAGAUAUACCCCCCAUCUUUCCAAUAAAAAGAAAACAAUAUUUCGAUAGAAUCGCGCUAUACGCACGAACAUCAUAUGCACACAGAAGAUCAGUAUCGUAACAUAUCCGUCUGCAUUUCAGAGAAACACAAAAAAAUGUCCAAAAUCCGCAGCAAUAGAGUAUUUACAUUUUAAUUCUGCUAUUUUUAAAUUAUUGAGGUGUCUACCAACAUAAACCAACAAAAGGAUUUGAUGAAAUAAACGUUUUAUCAGACCGGAA